GAAAUUGAAAGCCAAUUUAGGAAACUGGAGAAGCCAAGAAGCUUCUUGACCAACAAUUCCUCAGCUUCCAAACUUUUCAGUCUUCAAGUUCUUGACUAAGCUGAAAUUUUGGCUGUAAAAUUAUGUGGAAUCAGCUGUCCGCUACUGGAAUCAACGUCACUUGAUGAAGAUUUUUCAUUCAUCCAUCUCUACACAAAUCAGAUACGUAACUCUCCUUUAAAUGUCAUAUAAACACUUUCAUUUCCCUCUUUCUCCUUCUCGAUGGAUUGAACCUCUAAUGAGAUUAAUACCACCACCAGAGCCGAAGUUAUAAAGGAAAUGCUUUUAGAAAUUCAAUUGCAGGUUAAAUUACUCUUUCAGAUCCAACUUUCAAAGGUAAAGAAUCUAGUUGAAUGCUUGUCUUGACUUGAUAUCUAUUGAACACCUCAAGUCUCACAGGUCCGGAUACUCAAAUCUUCUUGAAUUCACUUCAGACAUAGGUAGCAAUCUAGAAACUUAUAUUCUUAUCUAUCUGAAACUGAAAUCUGAAAGCAUUUCAUACAUAUUGGAUUUAGGAUCUUCAAUUUCUCAAUUAACUGUGAGCUCUCUUUUUCCUUCACCUCGAUUUGUUGCGAUUAACUGCGAUUAGGACAACAAAUAUGUUGAUUUCUUGUUGUGUAGUUUUUUUUUUACCAAUGUUGUCCCUCAUGCAUGAAGUAAAGGGAAGGUAAAAUAUUAGUUUGUUGCUGUCCGGACACCGUGGUUACCAAUGAAGAUAAGGUUUUUCAAUUAGUUGAUAAAUAUCCCCGUGGAAUUGAGAAUUUGUUGCAUUGUUCGGGUUCUGCUUUAGCAUUAGUAAAUGAUGCAUUUCAUUGGAUCUGUAUCUUUGGAAACUAUUUCGAGGAUUCAAAAGAUUUCUCUUUGGUUUCAUUUAGUAUUUGAAAAGAAGUGUAUGCAGACAUACCAUUGCCUGAGCAAUUAUUACGCUUGAAGGGCAACAUCAGUAUUAGUGUUUCUGAAUUGGACGGAAUGCUUUGUUCUCAUUCUACUUGUGUGCAUUAGAGGAAGUAUACAUUUAAGUUAUGGGUAUUGAAAGACUAUGGUGUCGUUGAAUUUUGGAUUGCAUUGUUUGUUAUAGAUGCUCUGGACAUUUUGAGCGUCGUAUCAAAAAGGGUCAAAUUUCUUAGAGAUUUUGAUAUGAAGGCUAAUAUUAUUAUUUAUCAUAAUGAUGUUGAUAUUUAUCCAAAAAGACCCAGGACUACUGCUGAAGAAUCUGAAAGGAGAGAAACUGUAGAUCCAUGAAAUGAAUUAUAUAUAUAUGCCCAAUUACUUUUAUGUCUCCUUUUCUUUUCUUUUCUUUUCGUUUUAAUGGAUAUUUUUUGUUUCUUUCUUAGUUAAUUACAGUAUUAAACUUCUUGUUAAUUAAUCAGUUGUUGUCUGGUUCUUUUUCUAACCAUUUUCUAAGAGCUCUCACCGUAUUUUUGUUCCUUUGGUCACUCGAAUCCAUAAUCUUAAGAUUGAAGGAGGGGAAUUGCUUAUUACCAGAGCAAUGCCUAUUGUAUGUUGUGUAGUUGAUAUUUUGUAAUCAUAAGUAAGUAACCUUUUUAUCAGGAUUUGAGUGUUAAGAAAUUUAUUCGGGAAAACUAUGUAGUUUGUUGGAUACACUAAAAUGCCUCUUGUCUAAGCAGCGCACAUACUGCCAGUGGGAAAAUUUGUUUCUAUUUACAACAAGGGGCUCCAGCACUUUGAUGCAUCUAAGAAUGCACCAUUGUCUCAAAAUUUAAGUCAAUACUCCACCGAGUCCAACACAUAUACAAUACCACGUUAUGUUUCUGAUUUUGAGAAUAUUGUACAGGAUUUUGGCGAAUCGGCAAUCUGCUUCUCGCUCGAAAGAGAGGAAAGCCCGUUACAUAACUGAACUUGAGAGAAAGGUUCAGACCCUUCAAACAGAAGCAACCACUCUUUCUGCUCAAUUAACCCUUUUCCAGCGGGAUACGACCCAGUUUACUAAUGAGAAUACAGAGCUUAAGCUACGUCUGCAAGCUAUGGCACAAGAAGCUCAGUGCCAAGGACCUUAUUCGGAAAAUGCUAACACUAGAGCCAAAGAAGAGAAUUACUUCAGUGCAAGUUCUUGGUGUGAUCAAAAAACUAUAACAUUAUGGGGUGAAUCAUCAGACAUAGACAAUGAGUUGCUCCGAAAGUUGUCUGUUCAAAAUCUUAUUAUAGCAUUCUGUGAUGUUAAGACUACACUAUAUCAAGGAAAUUUUGGGCUAGGCUCCACAUCCAUCACUACAAUGUGGAUAGACCCCGCUUUUGAAAAGGCAAAAUCUCUACAAGAAUGGUUUUUAUUUGAAAAGGAAAAACACCGAGACAUUACUCUACUACCAAGUUUACAAAUUAACAGAGCUAAAACAUUGACAAUUGCAGAUAUCGCGGGUCGUUUGUUCGAUAAUGAGGUUUCUUAUAAAACUAGACGUUUUUGCGAAGACUGCUGAUAGUACAGAAAUUGACAGAUGUAACAUUGUUUGAAGCUGCACGAUACUUGAUUGGUUGCGAUGUGGCAUCGUACAUAACAAUCAAAAUCAGAAAAGAAUGAAGAAUCCCCAUUUUAUCGUAGCUUGAUGCUAAGUGCCAAAAAAGAAUACACAUUUCUUGUCAGGCUUGAUGCAAAAUAUGCGAGAGAUCGAGCUACACGACGCUUCAUUGCUGAAGAAGUACACGAAGUUAAAAACCCUAUUUUAGUUGACGUACUAGAUGAAGAAACAUAGUCAGAAAAUACAAGAAGACCCAAAAGCAUAGAGUCCACGAGGAUGCUACUGAAGACCCAAUAGCUCUUAAAAGGGUCAAAACUUGAAAAAGAUUUGUGAUGCUUUAUUCUCUAUGAAAAAAGACCACCUUUUUUUCUAUUCUAGAUCUAGCUACUUUUUUUUUAGGUUAAGCUCAAAUAGUUUUAGGUUCUAGAUGGUUAUUGCUUAUUUAGAAUUUCGAUAUUAUAAAUAAUAUAAGCAACUUUUGCUGGCAUAUCAACUAAUUUGUUAUUAACA